CACCGAGAAAAGAGAGGAGGGGACGCGAGGACGACGACGACGACCUCCACCCCGAAAGCUAAAGCGGAGGCCGACCACUAUAACCACCACCCGACCCGAAUUAUACUCGUCGAGGAGAAAAGAAAAGAGGGCGCCGAACCGAGCUAGAAGGGAAGAGGCGCGGCGGCAUAUACUCCACUACUCCCCUCCACUGAGCAAGGCCGACCCCUCUCUGCAACACACACAGACACACGGUUGCAAGGAAAAGCUUGUUCGGCUCAAGCGAUCGCGAUCGGGCGGCAUGGCACGGCGGGCGCGGCCGUGCGAGGUGACGCUGGCGCUGGCAGUGCUGCUGCUCGUCGCCGGCGCGGCGGCGGCCGACGAUGACGAGAAGUGCGGGAACCCGUGCGGCAACCCCUGCGGCGUGCCGUGCAUCUACGCCAGCCCGCCGCCGCCGGUGUACUACCCGCCGCCGCCGCCGCCCGUGUACACGCCCCCGCCGGCGCCGGAGUACUACCCGCCGCCGGCGCCGGAGUACUACCCGCCGCCGACCCCGGAGAAGCCCGGCUGCCCGCCGCCGCCGGAGGGGGGAGGCGGGUAUGAGCCGACGCCCGACACGCCCGGCGGCGGGUACAACCCGACGCCGUCCACCCCCGGCGGCGGGUACAACCCAACGCCGUCCGGGUGGUACGCGCCGCCCAACAUGCCGUCCUACAACACCCCGCCGGGGACGCUCUACCCGCAGGAUCCCGGGUUCCAGCCCAACGGCGCGCCCGGCCGCGCCGCCGAGUGGCGCGCGGCGGCGGCCUUCGCUGCUGCGGCGGCGGUGGCCGGAGCCCUGGCCUUGUGAUCGCCGAUCGACCGAUGGGGCCGUGGUGACCAAGCGCAUGGCGUUUUAAUUCCGCUUCACCGUGUUCAUUAAUAAUAAGAUUAGAGAAGGGUAUAAAUUCGGUAAGAAUUUUUUUUCCUCGGUAAUUCUUGUUGUUCAUCAUGUCGUUGCUGUUGGUAAUCGUUCUUGUCAUGUACCUACGUUGAAUCCAUCAUCUGUUUAUGAUCAUAGGAGAAACAUGUUCAUCAGGCUAUGCAAUACAUAUAUAUACAUAUACAAAUCUCUGAUCAAAAUCGAAUAGCA